GCCGCUCUGGCCCGGAAGUGAACAUCCCCCCGCGACUCUGUAGCCGGAAGCGGAAGUACAAGCUCUGUCUGCUCUUGGCUCUGUACCCGGAAGCGGCCGGCGUCCUGCGGCCGUUAUGGCGGCUGGUGGGAGCCUGAGCCGGACGGAGCGGAAAGCGGCAGCACGAGCCGAGAUUCUGCAGCAGGAGGAGCAGCGGGACCGGCGCAGACAGGUGUCCCGGCUCCUGAAGAAGCCGGUGGCGGAGCGGAACCCUGAGGAGAGCCUGCUCCUGGGCGAGUGUGAGGAUAUCGUGCGGGAGCUGGAGCGGCGGCGCAAGAAGCGCGAAGGGCUGCGCAGGAGGCAGGAGGAGGUUUGUGAUGAACCAGAGGAAUUAAAGAGAAAGGUUAUUGAGCUGGCUGCAGCUGUCCGAAGUGCGAAACACCUGGUCAUCUAUACAGGAGCUGGGAUCAGCACGGCAGCUUCAAUCCCUGACUACAGGGGUCCUAAUGGAGUUUGGACAUUACUGCAGAAAGGGAGGAGUAUCAGGGCUACAGAUCUGAGUGAAGCGGAGCCCACACUCACCCAUAUGAGCAUUGCCUGCUUACAUAAGCACAACCUGGUACAGCAUGUGGUGUCUCAGAACUGUGAUGGGCUCCACCUACGGAGUGGGUUACCCCAAGCAGCAAUAUCUGAGCUUCAUGGAAACAUGUACAUAGAGGUCUGUACUUCCUGCACACCCAAUAGAGAAUAUGUGCGAGUGUUUGAUGUGACGGAGCGCACAGCCCUCCACAGACAUCAUACAGGCAGGAUGUGCCAUAAGUGUGGGGCACAGCUGAGAGACACAAUCGUCCAUUUCGGGGAGAAAGGGACCUUGAGGGAACCUCUGAACUGGGAAGCAGCAACAGAGGCUGCGAGCAAAGCAGAUGUGAUUCUAUGUCUGGGUUCCAGCUUAAAGGUUUUGAAAAAGUAUCCACAUCUUUGGUGCAUGAGCAAACCCCCCAGUCGCCGUCCAAAACUCUACAUUGUGAACCUGCAGUGGACUCCAAAGGAUGAUCUUGCUGCCCUGAAACUACAUGGGAAAUGUGAUGAUGUUAUGAGAUUAUUGAUGGAAGAACUUGGUCUGGAGAUCACAUGCUAUGACAGAACAAAGGAUCCUAUCUUCUCUCUGGCUAUUCCCCUUAGCCCUGAUGAAGAAGGCAGUCACAGUCGGAGACCCGUGGCACCACCAUGGAGCCUGGAGGAGGCACAGAUGCAAGAGCAGCAGCAAGAGCCAGCUUCUCAGCUCAGCCUCUCUCUCUCGGGUGGCUGGUUUGGCAGGGGUUGUGCAAAAGGCUGCAAGAGGAAAAAACUAUGAUAUGGUGCAUUAUGGCCACUCGAAUCAGCUGCGCCAGGCUCGGGCCAUGGGAGACUAUCUCAUUGUGGGAGUCCACACGGAUGAGGAGAUUGCCAAGCACAAGGGACCACCUGUCUUUACCCAGGAGGAG